AUGGCGACGGAAUUAUUUGAGGAUAUUUUUGAAGUACGACAGGUGAAUCCAGAUGGAAAGAAAUUUGAUAAAGUCACGCGUGUCGUAUGCAAAGGUGUAUCAUACGAAUUGGAACUGACAUUGGACAUUAAUUCCGAAGUAUGUCGUCUACGUCAGAAUGAAAAAUUUACACUGGCACUUGUUAGUACUUUGGACUUGGAAGGAAAACCAGACGAUGGUACGUUUAACCAGUCCGACAAGCCAACACUGUUAGACCGGUAUGACUAUGGAAUGUACGGCAAAGUGUUCCAGUAUGAUCAUGAAGGUGGCAAUAUGGUGGCUAUUUAUGCCAGUUUUGGUGGUCUGCUAAUGUGCCUGCGCGGUGAACAGCGCCACUUGCAUAUGAUUCACAAUGAUACAAGGAUUUACUGUUUGCUUCGAAAGCAAUAA